AUGCCUAACAUGGAGACAGAGACCAAUCCCAUAGACCGAACUGUAGCACAUUUGCUGUUUCAUAGACCAAUGGAAUCACCAGGGAUACAUUCUGAGGCACCAGAAUCACCAUCAUCAACUAGGCUCUUACAAGAAGGAAAACACUCCAGGUUUGCUGAGCUCACCAAGAGGAGUCUUCCCUGA